AUGCCACCCCUCCAAGUGAUCAUCAGGGGUGAGAAAAGGAGGCCCAGGACGACGAUGCCCCCCACGGUAGCUUCCAGAGGAGGAGUCAGAUCCAAUUGGCCUAGUUUUACCAGCUCCAAGACCGUUCCCAAGACCGGGGCAAAGGUUGGUUCACAGGCUGGGCCGCACGGCGGGAAACAAUUAGGCGUUGGGGGCAAGACUCAUGGCAUUGCGCGAUCGCGGCAUCGCAAGAUCUUGAGAGACACCAUCCACGGCAUAACAAAACCUGCGAUUCGACGGCUGGCCCGCCGAGGCGGCGUCAAAAGAAUCAGCGCUACUAUAUACGAAGAGGCCAGGACGGCCCUCAAAGAGCGACUGGAAGCUGUGCUGCGCCUCUGCGUUACGUACGUCGAGUAUAGGGGCGCCCAAACCGUCACGGUGGAUGACGUCGUUCACGCUCUGAAGCGAUUCGGCCGCCCGAUUUACGGCUUUGAAUACAUGAAUGCCACAGUGAAAUUAUCAUGA